AUGUCUUUCGAUCUCAGCAAGCCCAACCGCAAGAUUCACGCCGGUGUGAUUCUGACCAAGGGUAUUACGGAGAUGCUCGAUGUGGCGCCAUUCGAGUUCUUUGCCUGGACAGACAAAAAGGCUGUUACCUUCAUGAAUCUCCCCGUCGAGAUGAGGGAGGAGGCUUUUGAUGUUGAACUCCAUUGGAUUACUGAGGACGGUCAACCAGCCAGGAUGAAGAGCAAGGCUCAGAUAAUGCCUACCGAUUCGUUCGCGUCUUGUCUACCUCUCGACAUCGCCCUGAUGGGUGCUCAUGAUGAGACUUACAAGACGAGCCCCGCCGAGUUGGCCUUCAUCCGCAAGACGUUCGAGAAUUGCAGCGCGUUCCUGACCAUCUGCGGCGGCAUGAUGCCGCUUCUGGAAGCCGGCCUCCUCGCAGGAAAGACUGCCACUUGCCCACGAUCGCUAAUCGACUUGAUGAAGAAGAACGUACCGAUGGUGAACUGGGUCGACAGACGUUGGGCCCACGACGGCAAGCUGUGGACUUCCAGCACGUUGCUCAACGGAACCGAUCUUAUUCGGGCCUUCGCCACAGAGACUUGGGGCGGCCGAAGUGGAAUGGUGGAAGCACUCCUUGAUAGCGGACAUUACCCGGACCGAGACGCUGAUUUCAAGGAUUUCAAGGGACACCACUACCCCAUGGAGCAGUUUCCUUUCUAG